AUGGGAAAAACCAAGAAGGUAGGGAUUGCAGGCUCUUUCGGAGCAAGAUAUGGAUCGACUCUCCGUAAGAGAAUGAAAGCGGUUCUUGAAACACAGAGGGCCAAGUACAGCUGUGAGGCAUGUGGAAAGAAGAGUGUGAAGAGAACGGCAGUUGGAAUAUGGAAAUGCAAGUCAUGCAGACGUAUUUUUGCAGGAGGGUCAUAUGCCCAUCUACGCCUGCAGGGAAGGUUUUUAUUAACAUGGUCAAGCAGUACAAUGCGAAAUAAACUUUCUUCUUCCGACUUGACUUAUGUCUCUGGGGAGCAGCCCUGCUUCUGA